UGCGUGAGUGCAGUUGACUUACAGCGGGCUGUGAGGAGAACUGGCGCGACACCUUUGUCCUCAAAUCUGACUCUUUUCAUAUUCGAAAACUUAUUAAAGUUUCUCUAAAGUCGCGUUAAAGUACUCCUACUCGUUUAGGUACUUAACCUGGUCGGGUUAAAUUAGUUUUCAAUCGCUCUGUGUGAAGUUAAAGGCGGAUCCUUUACGCGCGCUCCGGACGAGAGAAGACAAGCUGCUCUUUCUGCAAUUUAAAGUCCAUAAAUGCUUUUUACCAAAAUGGACCUGUUGAACUACCAGUAUUUGGACAAAAUGAACAACAACAUUGGCAUUCUGUGCUAUGAAGGUGAGGCUACUCUGAGAGGUGAGUCCAGAAUGCCGUCCAUGUCUCAUGCAGUAAGCAAUCACAGGACAGGCCCUCCUCCCAUCAGCCCCAGCAAGAGGAAACAUGGCGGGGACGAAGUAGACGACAACAUUGACUGUAACAGUGAGCAUGUGGCCAAGAUGAGCCGGCUGUUUGCUGCACAGUUAGGCAAGCCUGCCAACGGGGACUACCGCAAGGACCCCCGGGAUCGCAGCCGCAGUCCCAUCGAGCGCAUCGUUGCCCCCACCAUGAGUCUUGUUGGUGGUCACCUCUACACCCACAUGCCCAACCUGGCCAUGGACCAGCCUCUCGCACUGACCAAAAAUGUGGACACCGCCCGCACUGUCGCCAUAUCGCCUACUGUCAGCCCUGUUGAGCGCCAGCAGAAUCGGCCCUCUGUGAUCACAUGUGCCCCAGCGAACAACCGUAACUGUAAUCUUUCCCACUGCACCGUGUCUCACAACGGCUGCUCACCCAGCUUGACUUCAAACUAUCGGAGAGCCUCCAACUCUAACACAGCCUGUGACCCUGUGAUCGAGGAGCAUUUCCGUCGCAGUCUGGGCAAGAACUACAAGGAGCCAGAGCCUGUAACAAACUCUGUAUCUAUCACAGGUUCGGUGGAUGACCACUUCGCCAAGGCACUGGGUGAAACGUGGCUGCAGAUCAAGGCCAAGGGCAGCUCAACUGGCAGCCCAGACUCCUCCCCUAACAGCCACAUGGUCAACCAUAAUCACUCCCCUUCCCUCGUGUCUUGAAAAGAGGACCAGUUCACACUAGUCCCAGUCUCUUCCAGCGCACUUCAACUCGCAAAGCAACCAUGCAUGUUUUAGCACUGCUCAUGUAUAGCUAUGUACAUAAGAACACACGACAUGGAGGUGCUUUUUUUUUUUUUUGCUUUUGUUUUCUUUUGUUUCAUUUUCUUUGAAGUAUGCUAGUAGAUAGCUUGGAGGUUUCAUUAUGGGAUCCCCAUACCCUUGUAGAAAAAAACUGCAUCAUUGUGCUGAAAGCAUUUUGGUUUUUUAGGAUAUAAAUCAACCAGCAUCCAACUAAUUAACCAUCUGCCUCAGAUACCAAAGAAACCUCUGAUGCAAACCUAUUACACAAAAGCCAUUCUUCCAUUGCACCCUGCUAUUUUCUUCUUUCUUUUUUCUGGUUGUCUCGCACCACAGUCUUUUGUUCUUCAUUUUCUCUCCAGAUAGCACCAUGAAUCUGUAUGUGUAUACUUGAAAUGGAAGGCCUGGUCUGAUUUUGCACUAUUGAUGGAUUGAUUGUCAGUUUGGUGUUGGAUACACAUACUUGGAUGCUGACAAAGAUGGGAAGUGAUUUGGCUUACAUCACUUUUGAAAUGUUUGUAAUGGGGAGGGAACCUAUUUUUGGUCACUAUAUCUAGCUUCAGACAAUUCUUUCUAUGGUGCUGACAACUGGAUUGCGUCAUACAUGGGCAUUUUUUGUCGUUUUGGAUUUGUUUGUUUUUUCCCAGGCACUGUGUUUUUAGUAACAUAGAUGGAGUUUUUAGGUUAAACUAGUGCUUAUCGCAGCAUGUUUUUUAAAAUAGCUGGUACCUAUUAUUGUGUAGACAUUUCAAUCGUAAUCCUUUUAGCAUUUCGUCAGAUUUUAUUUUAUUUUUGUCAAUAACAGUUCUAGAUAAACUUACUGCUGGUACAGUUGUACUCCAUAUUAUUAUUAUUUCUAUUCAAUAUUCAUUGUGGUAGCUGCCAGAUACAAAAUAAAAAUAAAACAGCCUCCGGACAGGCCAUCUUGUAUAUUAACAGUCGGAUUUAUGUUUUAUUAUUCUCGUGGUACAGGACGCUAUCUCUCUUUGCAUGACUGAAUAAGAAAGCAUUAGCAGCUAUGGACAGGUCAGCUGUAGAGCUGACAAUCUGCUGAAAACGUCAAGCAAAUUUUAUGUUUGUUAGUUUUUGAUCUUACUCUUAAUUCUGCAUUGUAGCGUUUGGAAGCAGCUGUCGAAAAGGACCGUUUUCAAACAAUCUGCCUGUACCGAGACAAAAUACAUUCCUCCAAUAGGGAACUUCAUACUGGUGUCGUACUUUCUAACGAUUUCAGUAUAGUGACUAACUAGAAAACAGGUUGCAGUUAAAGGAGACACUUAUAUCUUAAGCUUGUCCUUACAUUCCAUCUGCACAUUUUAACUAUUGGAUAUGACAAAAUUUUAGAACAGGAAAUGAAAAAUUUUGCUGCCAGACAGCCAUCAAUCUCAACAGAUACUAUCUUUUAAAAAGUAUUUCUUCACAAAUAGAAAAUUCUUUUUUCUGUGUUCUUUUUGUUUGUAUUUGCCACAAAGUUGUUGUAUCCUACAUUAGACCCUCCGAAUUUCCUCCAGGUGUAUGAAUACACUCAUUUUUACUGCUUGUGACACACAUUACCCUACACGCUGUAGGUAAAUCACUUAAUUAAAAACAAACAAAAAAUAAGUUUUUAUAUAGGAAACUAUAAGACCAUCAUUACGCUGUGCGUAACGAAUGUACAGAGAAUUUUUUUUUUAGGUAUUUUUUGAGGAACAAUUAAUUUGUUAAUGAUAUGUAGCUAUUUAAUUUUCCCUUUUCCUUUAUUGUAAUCAUGCUUUUUUGUUUUUCAAGAAAAAGUUGAUCUUUUUUGUUUGUAGGUUGUCUGUUUAAGGUUAAAAGUGCAGGAACACAGUUAUUCUAUGAAAACACUGCGUUAGUGUAAUACCCACUUGUGUAUUAUUUCUGAAGGCUACUGAGCAGUCUCAUUACACUUCUGAAUGGAGGCUGUUUCAGCUGUCUCUGGAGACAGUUGAACAAAUGUACUCCUCUCAUUGACCAUGAGUCUGAGUAACUCUACUCCAAUCUAACCAAUUGGGACUUGAGUGAUGAUAUAUUUUUAUUAUUUGAUGAUGUGCGCUUCCAGGAGAAUGACGACAAGAAACAAAUGUUGAAAACUUUUCACUGCACCUCGAGUGUACUUAACGAUUUGUAAAUCUGAAGUAUAUCCUCCUUUCAUGGCCUUGUUUCUCCUUGGAAUAAAACAAAGUUUUGGCAGGCCAUUGUUUUGUACUUUAAGUAGCCUCAAUGAACAAUAAAGUGCUCUUAAACCAGUCCAUGACUACUAUGUUUUAAAAAAAAAGAAAUGACACCGUCAAAAUAAUAAUAUUAAUUUGUCACAUUUUAAUUUAUAAUGAAACAAAGUACUUUUAAACUAGAAUUAACCUUUAGUUACUGUAAUCUAAUUACUUUGUAGUCAAAUGCAUUACAGUGUAAUGUAGUGUAAUGCAUUUCAUUUUAAAUUCUUGAUCACAUUACAGGUACUGACUUUCAAUGAAUUUUACUUAUUUUAAGAACAUUAUAUGGUUUUUCUUAUUUCUAAUAUAUUAUUUAUGUAGAAUACAUGAAUUAUGGCCCCAUAAUGAGUCAUUGUGAAGGAGAAAUGUGAGGUGCUGAGUGAAUGACUUGUGUGUAAUAAUGAACAAAAAAUAAAUAGACAUUAUUUUUUUAUGAAAAUUGUUUUAUAAAGUAAUUAGGAAUGUGAUUAUUUUUUAGAUGAAGUAAUUAGUAAAGUAAUCUAAUUAAAAAGUAAUUUGUAGUGGAUUACUACUUUAAGGUAAUUUACCCAACACUAUUGACUUGAUGCAAAUGAAUAUGUUAAUUUUACAAAACCGUCCACAUGACCAGGUAACAUUUUACCCCAAAAUCUAAAGAAAGAAAUAAUAUUUUGCUUUAAGAAAAUUAAGCCUUUUUUAUAAUUUAUGUAUUUUUUACAUUAAGGACAAUAUGGACAAUAGAUAAUAAAUUGCAAAUUUUUUACUUUGAAAAUGGCUUAAUUUUCACCAUGCAAAACAUAAUUAUAAUUUUUGGGAUGAAAUAUGUAUAGUGCAUGUUUUCAUGGAAUUCGCUUAUAUGUACACUGACUAGCUAAAACAUUAUGACCACUCACAGGUGAAGCGAAUAAUGUUAUUUAUCUCCUAACAAGGCCACAUGUCAAAGUCUGCCAGACCAUUCAGAGUGCCCAUGAUGACCCUGUCCACCGUCUAAAGCGCCUACAAUGGGCACGCGAGCGUCGGAACUGGACCUUGGAGCAGUGGAAGAAGGUCGCCUGGUGCGAUGAGUCUCGAUUUCUUUUACAUCACGUCAAUUUGACACGUGCCAUCUACCAAAACAUCGUUGCAGACCAGGUACACCCCUUCAUGGCAAUGGUAUUUCCUAAUGGCAGUGGCCUCUUAGCAGGAUAAUGCGCCCUGCCACACUGCACACAUUGUUCGGGAAUGGUUUCAGGAACAUAAUGAAGAGUUCAAGGUGUUGUCCUGGCCUCCAAAUUACCCAGAUCUACCUGUAAAUUCGAUUGAGCAUCUGUGGGAUGUGCUGGACCAACAGGUCCGAUCCACUGUGGCUCCACCUCGCAACUUACAGGACUUGAAGGAUCUGCUGCUAAUGUCUAAAUGCCAGAUACCACAGGACACCUUUAGGGGUCUUGUAGAGUCCAUGCCUUGGCGAGUUGGCACCAACAGCAUAUUAGGCAGGUGGUCAUAUUGUUUUUGCUCAUCAGUGUGUAUAUGUCUGCCCAAUUCCAGCCUUGCUGAAGCACCCCCAAAUCAUCACUGAUUCUCCACAAAAUUUCACAGUGGGUGCGAGACACUGUGGCUUGAAGCCUCUCCAGGUCUCCGUCUAACCAUUAGAUGACCAGGUGGAGGAUCAUGAUGAUCUGUGGGUGCUUCAGCAAGGCUGGAAUCGGGCAGAUUCAUCUUAGUCUAGGAAGCAUGAAUCAAGCCACGUACAAGGCUAUCCUGGUAAAAAACUUCCUUCUGGUCUGACAAUGUUCCCCAACCCUGAGGAUUGGUUUUUCCAGCAGAACAAUGCUCCAUGCCACACAGCCAGGUCAGUCAUGGUGUGGAUGGAGGACCACCGGAUCAAGACCCAGUCAUGGCCAGUCCAAUCUCCAGAUCUGAAUCCCAUUGAAAACCUCUGGAAUGUGAUCAAGAGGAAGAUUGAUGGUCACAAGCCAUCAAACAAAGCAGAGCUGCUUGAAUUUUUGUGCCAGGAGUGGCAUAAAGUCACCCAACAGCAAUGCGAAAGACUGGUAGAGAGCAUGCCAAGACGCAUGAAAGCUGUGAUUGAAAAUCAGGGUUAUUCCACCAAAUGAUCUCAGAACGCUUCCUAAGUUAAAACAUUAGUAUUGUGUUGUUUAAAAAUGAAUAUGAACUUGUUUUCUUUGCAUUAUUCGAGGUCUGAAAACACUGGAUCUUUUUUGUUAUUUUGACCAGUAGCAUUUUCUGCAAAAAAAUGCUUUAAAUUACAAUAUUUUUAUUUGGAAUUUGGGAGAAUAUAUAUAUAUACACAUACACAGUUGAAGUCAGAAUUUUACAUACACUUGAGCCAAAUACAUUUAAACUCAGUUUUUCACAAUUCCUGACAUUUAAUCGCAGAAAACCUUUCUUGUCUUAGGUCAGUUAGGAUCACUACUUUAUUUUAAGAAUGUAAAAUGUCAGAAUAAUAGUAGAGAGAAUGAUUAAUUUCAGCUUUUAUUUCUUUCAUCACAUUCCCAGUGUGUCAGAAUUUUACAUACACUUUGUUAGUAUUUGGUAGCAUUGCCUUUAAAUUGUUUAACUUGGGUCAAACGUUUUGGGUAGUCUUUUACAAGCUUCUCACAACAAGUUGCUGGAAUUUUGUCCCAUUCCUCCAGACAGAAAUGUUGUAACCGAGUCAAGUUUGUAAGCCUCCUUGAUCGCACAUGCUUUUUCAGUUCUGCCCACAAAUUUCCUUUCGGAUUAAGGUCAGGGCUUUGUGAUGGCCAUUCCAAUACCUUGACUUUGUUGUCCUUAAGCCAUUUUGCCACAACAUUGGAGGUAUUCUUGGGUCAUUGUCCAUUUGGAAGACCCAUUUGCAACCGAGCUUUAACUUCCUGGCUGAUGUCUUGAGAUUUUCCUUCCUCAUGAUGCCAUCUAUUUUGUGAAGUGCACCAGUCCCUCCUGCAGCACAAUAUGAUCCUGCCACCCCCAUGCUUCACUGUUGGGAUGGUGUUCUUCAGCUUGCAAACCUCACCCUUUUUCCUCCAAACAUAACGAUGGUCAUUAUGGCCAAAGAGUUAAAAUUUUGUUUCAUCAGACCAGAGGACAUUUCUCCAAAAAGUAAGAUCUUUGUCCCCAUGUGCACUUGCAAACUGUAGUCUGACUUUUUUAUGGCAGUUUUGGAGCAGUGGCUUCUUCCUUGCUGAGCAGCCUUUCAUGUUAUGUUGAUAUAGGACUCAUUUUACUGUGGAUAUAGAUACUUGUCUACCUGUUUCCUCCAGCAUCUUCACAAGGUCCUUUGCUGUUGUUCUGGGAUUGAUUUGCACUUUUCACACCAAAAAACGUUCAUCUCUAGGAGACCUAAUGCUGCAUCUUCCUGAGUGGUAUGAUGGCUGCGUGGUCCCAUGGUGUUUAUACUUGCGUGCAAUUUUUUGUACAGAUGAACGUGGUACCUUCAAGGAUUUGGAAAUUGCUCCAAAGGAUGAACCAGAUUUGUGUAGGUCCACAAUUUUUUAUUUUUUUUUUCCUGAGGUCUUAGCUGAUUUCUUUUGAUUUUCGCAUGAUGUCAAGCAAAGAGGCACUGAGUUUGAAGGUAGGCCUUAGAAUAUAUCCACAGGUACACCUCCAAUUGGCUCCAAUUAGCCUAUCAGAAGCUAAUUGGCUAAUUGCCUAAAGGCUUGACAUCAUUUUCCAAGCUGCUUAAAAACACAGUUAACUUAGUGUAUGUAAACUUCUGACCCACUGGAAUUGUGAUAUAGUCAAUUAAAAGUGAAACAAUCUGUCUGUAAACAAUUGUUGGAAAAAAUACUUGUGUUAUGCACAAAGUAUUUGUCCUAAACGACUUGCCAAAACUAUCAUUAGCUAAUAUGAAAAAUGUGGAGUGGUUAAAAAAUUACUUUUAAUGACUUGGUGGCUUUUAAUGACAACCUAAGUGUAUGUAAACUUCUGACUUCAACUGUAUGUAUACAAAAUAAAUAUAAGGGAUUGAAGUAGUUUGUUCAGUGGGAUGUAUAGGUCACCUUGGUAUCCACCGUUUAGCAAACAAAUUGCAAAUGUAAUAAUUGUACAUUUUACAAUUAUACAAUUUAAUUCCAAUAAAAAAUUCCAGUGGACAAUAAACUCUUAAAAAUUAGACGUGCCCUAAGACCUUCAGAUGGUGCUUAUUGAUUGAAAAAUAUUUGAUAAAUGUCUGUAUAUCUAUCAAUCAAACACAAAAUUUAAAUGUACCAUUCAUAAAUUAAAAAUGGCAUAUAACGGUUCAUGACUUGAAGGUCAAGUUGGCUUUAGUGUGGCUUAAGUGAUUAAAGCAGGAUAUUUGAGAAUGGAUUACAUUUUAUUAAGACAUGACCAAAGAAGAAUACCUCUUUAAUAGACGAAGCAGACUUGUUUUAUAGUGCAAUGAUGACAGUUUAUGAAAUACAUUUGUGAAAAAAAAAGCUGUUUAAAAUAAAAGUACAUUACUUUCCAAAAAAGAUAACAUGUUCACUUAGUUAACAGAACAUACAAGGCAAACUGAAAAGUGUAAAAACUCUCAAAAUUUGAUGAUUCUAUUAAGCCACAAGGCAGAGACGCUAAAUACUGCACCUGCAGAGGUACAGUACCUUCUAAGUUUGUGACCUUACUCUAAUAUAUCUGCUCAUCACUUUUCAUUGACCCUCAACACGAUUAUUCAGUUUGCAUUGGCCCUGAACUCUGGAGAAGUGUAGAUCUCACACUCCUGCCAUUAACAAUACCAUAAUGUACUGUUUCAAUGGCCAGUAGAGCAACAAAAAUUGUCUAUGAAAUUUUCCAAAUUAAAUAUGGUGUCUACCCUAAGAUCCACAGACAUGCUUUGACAGUACAUGUUGUAACCUGAACAUUUUAGACCAAUGUUUCAAUUGGCAAAUAAUGAAAGGUAAAUUUGUCAUUAAGUCCAUCUGAAAAUGAGUGCAAAAGAAAGGACGAGUUGUUAAACCGGGGUCAAUUAAAGGUACUUCUUUCUGUGUCUUCAGCAGUUUUUGUCCAAAAUCCUUCAAAUACUUUCAUCAUCACUCAUGUCCCAAAUCUGCAGGGGGAAAAUGGGGAAAGAUCAGACUGUUAUAAAGCAGAUGCAAUCCUUCAAAUCUUUUAAGACUCACAACAAACUCAUUUAAAAGUCUUUUAUCAUGUCUACUCUGGAAGUGAUUUGCAGCAUGCGCGAAAGCAAUUGUUGUUGGUGAAAAAAAGCUGAGCAAAGAUUAACUUUAUGCAAAUGAGCAGCACUGUGAAUGUUUUUAUUUAUUUUAUUUUUUUAUUUUUUAUUAAAUAUAAAAAAAUAUAUUUGGCAAAAAUAUAGAAAAAAAAAAAAAAAACUAGGCAUACUUCAACUAAACGUACAUUAUGAUGCGUUUAGUUGACUUUCAUUGAUUAUGAUGGAAGUGAUCUAGUUUCAUGUCCGGUGUAGAUAAAGUGUUUCAUUUAGAGCAAAGACAACUCAAAGAUGCAGGUGUACAACAUUAAUUACAAUCUGAUGAAUGUUACAGUACAUGAACAUCUGAACAUGCAAAAGCUCUCUUUAAACACACUGAUCCUAAGCACAACACAUCCAUGUAUAAAGACUAAACUGCAUUCAUACUGUGUGCAAAACUGAGAUGGAUCAUGGGACCGAAGACAAACAGCCAUGUUCAUGUCUUUUUGAAGACAAAGAUGCCAGACACAACUGUGUGUGUUUGGAUUAAGGAGGUGACUGAUGUGUGUACGACUGUAAUCUCUUUCUUCUAUAGGCUGUCAAAAGCUCCCGUGUCAUUGACAUGCUAAUAAACAGAACAAAACAGCUUCAGAGGUCUUUUCACUUUGAAGUAUACGCCAAGUAAAAAAAAACAACCUGCGAGAUAAGUGAGAGAUAAAGAGAGUGAUAAAAGAGAGAAGGCAAAGAAAUGAGAAGAAAAGGAGAAACAGAGUUAUAGGUCAGAUCACAUAUACUGUAUGUAAUGUUACCCAGAUUCUAAGGUUUAAAAUGAUAAGAUAUUUAGCAAGCUGCUCCAGUUGACAUGGUUAAAAGACAAAAUGUAAAAUGUAUUGUUUAUUGUAACACAACACAGUGUUGAUUAGCGUUUAUCAUUAUCAGCCCAGAAAUUUCAUAUUGGUGCAUCCCUAAUCAAGUUGUCUUAUUUGUGUAUAGCGCUUUUCACAAUCAGUGCUGGGUAUGUUACUUUUGAAUUGUAAUCUGGCACUGAUUACAAUUACAUGACUAAAAUUGUAGUCAGUAAUGUAAUCUUUUGGAUUACAUUUGAAGUAAUCUAAUCUGAUUGCUUUUUGAUUACUUCUGAACUAAUUCUUGUUUAUUUGAUGUCACAUACAUUUGAGUAGGAUAAAAUGUAACAUUUUGACAAAGUUGCCUACCGGUAAAUACAUUAAAAGAAAAUGUACUUAAUGGAUCAAAAUAUGAGAACUGAUAUGACUGUUUUAUGUUUUACUCGCUACUUUGUGUGUCUGUUUCUGAGUGAAAUAAAAAUGUUCUUUGACAUUUUGGCAUUACAAAUGCCAUCCAUGUGUGUUAACAGACUAGGCCAGUUAUAUUUUUAAAUCAACAUCUCAAAAAUGUACGCAAAAGCACAUUAAUGUAAAUUUUUGAAGCAGAGUACAAAAGCAAUUCGCGAACCUAAAACUAACUUUACCGCACUAAUGAAAUUGUUUUGGCAUUUAUGUGUGGAUUACUGCUCCAUCUUCAGUGUAAUUAUGGCUGGUGGCUAGUAUCAGGUAUCAGGUCUGUGUGUGCAAUUCCACCCCAAUUUGAAAACACUCAGAGUUACCGAAAGUUUAUCAGCUGUAGGCUGAUUUAGAAUGAAGAAUUAGAGGGAUCAGUAAAUUAAUAUGUAAUCAUGUAUUCCAUAAAAAGUAACUGUAAUCUGAUUAUUUUAAAAUGUAUUUUAAUCUAAUUACAAGUACUUGAUUUUUGUAAUUUGAUUACUACAUUAUUAAGAUAACAUGUAAUCCGUUACUACCCAGCACUGUUCACAAUACACACUGUUUCAAAGCAACGUUACAGAAAAUAAUGUGGUAAUUUUUGUAAUGUCUUUCGUGUGUUAAAGUCCUCAUCCCCUCUGGCUAUACAGCAUGAAUAUAAUGCCAAUAAUGAUGUGUAAUUCAAGUCAUGUAUUCACUGAGUAGACGGAAUCCUUAAAAAAAUCCCUAGUCUCCAUGGACUGAAUUUCAUUUAGAGAUGUGCCAGUAUCUGGUAAUGCAGUUACUGAUAAAAUUAACAUGCACAAUAGUGUAAUCGUGGACACUUCAAAAUGCUGUGAAAAAUUCUAGAAAACCUUUUAGUCAAACUGUUUACAUUUUUCUGUAAUCAUCACAGCUUCAUUUUCAUCGAGCCAAGAUUCACAACAAGAGUCCAAAAUUAACACUCGUUAGGAGUGAAUGAGAAGCACGGCCAAAGAAGGAAAGCUUACGACCAUUUUCCCCCUUCUAAAAGGCUAAAAUCUGAAGUGUGUAAAUACUUUGAGACAUAAUGACUAUUUGAGUUUAUUAUUUAUAAAGUUUAUUGAUUUUAUUUGUGUAUUUAUUUAAAUGUUCAUUUAGUUUCUUAAAUGCUCAGUUUUUUCAACGUGAAUUUCUUGUGAUUUAUUUAAAAUGCCAAUUUGGUUUAAAAAAAGCAGUUAAUUUUCACAUUGUUUUAGUCAUAAAUUUUGUUUUUUUUAUGUUCUUUAAAUGUAGUCAAUAUUUCAUCAUGACAUAUUCAUUCAUUUUAGUCCAUUUUAAUAAUAUAAUUGGCAUAUAAUUUUAGUAAACAAAAAACAUUUUAGUUGACGAUACAUGUGCAAAAUGACAAAAACAUGCAUGAAAUUGUAACAGACCAAACUUUAACCAAAUGUUAAAUAUUUUGAAAAAUGUAUAAAUUACUUACAAUUACUUAAUGUAUUAAACAUGUUUAAUGUUAAUAUAUUUAAUAUGUAAGAUUAAACAUGUGAAAACUCCUGAAAAUCUGAGCUCCUGAAAUAGUAGCAUACAAUGAAUACACUGAAGUAUUAGCUACAUUUAAAAAUUACUCUGUUGUGAAUUCCUCACAUUAAGUUACGUAUUCCCGUUCAUUCGCUUCAUUGUCUGCACAGAUGCAAGUUGUAAUAUGAUGUUCAUGUUGUGGAUAUAACUGAUUAAUCUACCAUAUAUGUGAUGUGUUUGAGAAAGGUAAUUAACCCUUUAUUAAAGUUCACUGUACAGGUUUUCAGCUCUUGCUGCUCACAUGGGAAAAUUCCCAACAUACUGGAUUAUUUGAAUCAGCUCUUUCUAGAUAUUUCUUUCUUGAAAAAUAGUGUUAAAACAGUGUUAGUUAACAUUAAUAUCUUGCAGUAUUAUUUUUUUCUCAACAUAUUUUUGUCAACAGUAGGUUUUAUUUAAAACCAUUUGAUUAUCAUCAUGAUGCAUCUUUUUCAUCUUGUCUUAAAUAUCAUUACCAAAAUAAUUUUUUUUAAGUAAUUUCAUUGACGAGUUUAACACUGUAAAAAAAGUAAUCAAACUUGUCGUUAAGAACAAUAAUAAAGUGUAUCUUUCAA